AUGGAAGCUGCGGAAGCUGCCGAGCCGCGGGACCAGUGGGGUUACAAGAUCGAGCCCAUUCUCUCGUGCCUUUCUCUUUCCUUCGGCCUCGGGAAUAUCUGGAGGUUCCCGUACCUCACCUACAAGAACGGAGGCGCUGCGUUCCUGGUGCCGUAUGUGCUCCUGCUGACGGUGCUCGGACGUCCCAUGUACUUCUUGGAGCUCAUUAUGGGACAGUUCUGCAGCUCCUCUGCCAUCAAGUCCUUCGCAUGCGUGCCGCUUGCUCAGUGCGUGCCCGUGGUCAUGAUGUACACCGUCUUCCUCACGAGCAUCUACUACAACGUGAUUUCGUCCUACGCGCUCGCCUACUUCUACUACUCCUUGUGGAAAGUGCAGCCCUGGACCACGUGCAACCCGGAAUGGACGAACGAGUAUUGCUUCGUUCAAGGAUCGGUAUUCAAAUCAUGUAAGGAAGCCAACGAAUCUCUGCUGAUUCUUUUCGGUCGCGUAAACUCCACCGAAAGUGACGCAGUCGCCAUCAAUAACGGCUCCGUGGUCAUCAUGGUGCCUCGAGACGAAUUCGAGGCCAGAUACAAGGGAUGCAAGAACGCCAACGAGACCUCGAUGGAGCAGUUCUUCUACAAGCGAUUCCUGGGUCUUAGUUCGGGAAUCACCGAACCCGGUGGCGUCCAGGCUGACCUGUUCGUCGCGCUUCUUGUGGCCUGGUUUGUCGUCUUCAUCGCCGUAUUAUGUAUUUUUCCUCACUCGACCCAGGUAGCGUUCUUAAUUGUCCUCGUGUCUUUACUCAUGAUGGUGGCCUUACUCAUCCGGGGCACGACUCUCACCGGCGUCAGCUUUGGGAUUGCCUACUACCUGCUACCGAAGUGGAGGAGACUUCUCGAAUACGAGGUUUGGCAGAAAGCCGCCGAGCAAGUGCUGAUUUCAUUGGGACUGGCUCAGGGCAUGGUAAUCACGAUGGGGAGCUACAACGAAUUCUCAAACAACCCGCGCAUAUGGCGUUUGUGGAGACUCUGUUGUCUCCACUCAAGGACGGUUAUGAGUACCUGCGUCAGCGUCGCACCACUCUCGCCGCGGUUGCCUGCUGCAUCGGAUUCCUGCUCGGCAUACCGCUCACUAUGCAGGUGAUCGAGGCUGG